UUUAUUUCCAAAUUUAUGUUUAAAGAACGAUUUGAUAUCAUGGUGAAAGGAAAAUCAACUUAAGACUAAAUAGCUUCUUAUUUGGUUAAAGUUAUAUUAGGGCUGAGAGAUAAAGAAAAUAUUUAAUAAGCUGUUCGACUUUUAGGUUGUGGUUCAGCCAUUCCGAAUACAAUCUUGGUAGCUGAAAUAAUGAGAUCAAGAAUAAAAGGACUUUAUUCUAUUUCAGAAUUUGAAAGUAAAUUACAACAAAGAAAUAAUCCUAAUGAUUAGCAAUAAUAAUUACAAUUUUUCAAUCCAGCAAUCAGAAUUAAAUUGACGUAUAAUUGAAAUAAUAUAAAUUAGUAUGAAUCCAACUGAAGAUGAAAAAUUAAUGCCUGGAUUUUAAGAACCAAAUGAAGUUGAUGAUGAUAAACAUAUAGAACUUUUUGAUUAUGUAAUGAUGUACAUUCGAAAUCUUUAUUUUUGGAGAGGAGGUGUCAAAGAUGAUUAAAGAAAUAAUAGAGAUAAUUAAGAUACAAGACAAAACAAUAGAGAUAUCAUAUCUAAUAGAAAUGAUAGAAAUGAAAGAAGAUAAGAUAAUACUAGAAAAUAUCAAAAUAUUUAAGAGUCAUAAGCUAAUCCUAGGAAAUCAGAUGAUUGGAAUAGAGAUAGAGAGUAAUUCUAAUAAUCUUAGAAUUAAGGAACAUUAAAAAUUAGAGGAAGAAUGAGGGAUAAUAGAAAUGAUAGAAAUAUUAAUCCUUAAAGAAAGAAUUAUGAAUAGGUAAUAAAUACAUAUACAAUUUUAAGAAAAAUGAAGAUUCAGAAAUCUAAAAUAGAGAAGAUAAAUUUAUUAAACGGGGGGAAGUUCGUAAUAGAGGAGGUUUGUAGAAAUCUUAGAACUGA